GUCACACAACAGUCCCCGCCUCCCGGUUCCCUCUUACAGCGUUGAAGCCUGAAGCUAAGUGUGAAAACAGAAUUCAUAGAGAGGUUGUGCCAGUGUCCCCCCGGGUCCUGAACCUCCUUCUACCUUCACAGCACCAACGGAAGAGACCAAGAUGAGUGCGGAGCCUGAGAAGAAAUUUGGUGUGGUUGUGGUUGGUGUUGGCAGAGCUGGCUCUGUGAGGAUAAGGGACUUGAAGGAUCCACACUCGUCAGCAUUCCUAAACCUGAUUGGGUUUGUGUCCAGACGAGAACUCGGGAGCCUUGAUGAAGUACGGCAGAUUUCUCUGGAAGAUGCUCUCUGCAGCCAAGAGAUUGAGGUCGCCUACAUCUGCAGUGAGAGCUCCAGCCAUGAAGACUAUAUAAGGCAGUUUCUUCAGGCUGGCAAGCAUGUCCUCGUGGAAUACCCCAUGACACUGUCAUUUGCAGCAGCCCAGGACCUGUGGGAGCUGGCUGCACAGAAAGGGAAAGUCCUGCAUGAGGAGCAUAUUGAACUCUUGAUGGAAGAAUUUGCAUUCCUGAAGAAAGAAGUGAUGGGGAAAGAGCUUUUGAAAGGGUCUCUUCACUUCACAGCUAGCCCACUGGAAGAAGAGAAAUUUGGCUUCCUUGCAUUCAGUGGCAUUUCUCGCCUGACCUGGCUGGUCUGCCUCUUUGGGGAGCUUUCUCUUAUUUCUGCCACCUUGGAAGACCGGAAAGAAGAUCAGUAUCUGAAAAUGACCGUGCAGCUUGAGACCCAGAACAAGGGUCUGUUGUGCUGGAUUGAAGAGAAAGCGCCCGGUUUAAAAAGAAACAGAUAUUUAAACUUCCAAUUCAAAUCUGGGUCCCUGGAGAAUGUGCCAAAUGCAGGAGUCAAUAGGAAAAUUUUUCUGCAAGAUCAAGAUAUAUUUAUUCAGAAGCUCUUGGGCCAGGUCUCUGCGGAGGACCUGGCUGCUGAGAAGCAGCGCAUCAUGCAUUGCCUGGGCCUGGCCGAUGACAUCCAGAAGCUCUGCCGCCCUAAGUGAGGAGGAAGCUGCCAAUACCUCCGAGAAGGGCCAGAGUUUGGUUUUACCAACACUUCACCUAUAGCUCUUACAAUUAAAUACACUGGAUAAACCGAAUGAGAA